AUGAGAGAUCUUGAUGAGGUGGACGUAUACGAACUGGAGAUGACUGACGAUGCAGAUAGCGAUGAGGAGGCGAUGGGAGAAAAAUGCAUCAACCUUCUCUCCUCCCUACUCCCAUCCGGAUCGUGCAUCUACUCACUGCGUCAGUCCAUCUCCUAUCAACUCACGCCUUCUGAACCCAAAGAAGACCAACAAGAACCAUUGCCAUCAUUAUCAAUACUCUCAUCUGCUGAAGAAGUCGUGGCAAACUGUGCCGCAAGUGGCGGCACACCUACUGAGGAAAGAUUAGAAGAUUUUGGCUUGGAAGCAUUGCCACCACCAGAAGAACACACUGAGCCUGUAGAGCAGGAGCCUAAGGAACUAGAAGAGGUACGUUUUGUUGAUAUUUUUUCAGUUUGUCAAAUGAUUCAGCCGGAUUUGUAG